AUGGGAGGUGGCGGCAUGGGAGGAGGCAGUUAUGCUGGCAGCACUGGAGGAGGAUCUCAACCUCCCCCUCCACCCCCACCACCACCUCCACCACCACCAUCAGGUGGUUACAGCACCGGAGGCGGCAGCUACGGUGGAAGUGGCGGAAGCACCGGAGGCGGAAGCACGGGAGGAGGAAGCAUGGGAGGUGGAAGCUACGGAGGAAGCAGUGGUGGUGUGGGAGGAGGCAGCAUGGGAGGAGGCAGUUAUGCUGGUAGCACUGGAGGAGGAUCUCAACCUCCUCCACCCCCACCACCACCUCCACCACCAUCAUCAGGUGGUUACAGCACCGGAGGAGGCAGUUACGGCGGAAGUGGCGGAAGCGGAGGAGGAAGCAUGGGAGGCGGCGGCAUGGGUGGCGGUAGCUAUGGAGGCGGUUCUCAGCCUUCCGGAGGAUACUCACAGGGCUCAGCGCCAAUGCCACAAGCACUACCUGCUCCUGGACCCGCGCCAGUGCCGCAACCAAUGCCACCACCACCCCCACCAAGUGGAGGAGGAUACUCUGGCCCCUCUCCUCCAUCUGGUGGUGGAUAUUCGCAGUCUGGCGGUGGUUACCAGCAAAGAUAUUUGAUGCGCAAUCGGGUUGUUCUCAGGAAAAUGACAGCAAAAGUUUGA